AUGUUUAACAGAGUUUCUGGGGGAGAGCUGUUUGACCGAAUAGUGGAGAAAGGAUUUUACACUGAAAAAGAUGCAAGCACGCUUAUCCGUCAGGUGUUAGAUGCCGUUUUCUACCUUCACAGACUUGGAAUUGUACAUAGGGAUCUGAAACCUGAAAAUCUACUGUAUUUUAGUCAAGAAGGAGAAUCAAAGAUUAUGAUAAGCGAUUUUGGUCUCUCCAAGAUGGAAGGUAAAGGAGAUGUGAUGUCAACAGCCUGUGGAACCCCUGGGUAUGUUGCUCCAGAAGUGCUUGCCCAGAAGCCCUACAGCAAAGCAGUAGACUGCUGGUCUAUUGGGGUCAUUGCAUAUAUUCUCCUCUGUGGAUAUCCACCUUUCUAUGAUGAAAAUGACUCCAAGCUCUUUGAACAGAUACUAAAGGCAGAUUAUGAAUUUGAUUCACCAUAUUGGGAUGACAUUUCAGAUUCAGCUAAAGAUUUUAUCAGCCAUUUGAUGGAAAAGGAUCCCAACAAGAGAUACACCUGUGAACAAGCACUGCGACACCCAUGGAUUGCUGGGGAUACGGCUCUAUGUAAAAAUAUUCAUGAAUCUGUCAGUGCACAAAUCCGUAAAAACUUUGCAAAAAGCAAAUGGAGGCAAGCAUUCAAUGCUACUGCAGUAGUGAGGCAUAUGAGAAGAUUGCACCUUGGUAGCAGCCAGGACAGUUCAAAUAUGUCCAGCAGUCACAAUCCUGCAAGUGUGCUUCCAGAUGGCACAAGUCACAAAGACUGUAAGUAUAUGCUUCUGAUGCUCUGUUCCCUAAAUUGCCCUCUACAUUACUACCUUGUAAUUCUGUUUUCUUUGUGUAAACCACCAGCAUUUGAAGGUACACUGUCAUCAGACAUGAAACGUUUGUCUGUACUGUGUUUUUUUCACCUCUUGCAUGUGGACUCUUUGAUAGCCACUGUAUAUCCCUCUAAUAUUCAGUAUACUGUGUAUUCAGUGAAACAUCUUGUUACUACGAGGUAUGUGCUGGUAUUUGCAGAAAGUGUAAAUUGA